UCAGCAUGUAUUGGUGUAACCGCCUAACAGCUUCCAUUUCAUUACAUUUCAUGGUGUUUCCUGGUAAACGCCGGUACGAUAGAAACCGGAAAAUUACUGUGCUUUCGUAAGAUCAGGAUACAUUACAGACGAUCAUUGUUACUUAAAAAUGGGUGCCAAGGGGAAGAUGUAUGUAAUAAAACGCAAUGGACACAAGGAAGACGUUCAUUUUGAUAAAAUAACAUCCAGAAUUCAAAAAUUAUGUUACAAUUUAGAUAUGGACUAUGUAGACCCUUCUGCAAUUACUUUUCGUGUCAUCAGUGGCUUAUAUUCAGGAGUUACUACAGUUGAGUUAGAUAAUCUUGCAGCCGAAACUGCAGCUACUAUGACUACCAAACAUCCAGAUUAUGCUAUAUUAGCUGCAAGAAUUGCAGUCUCCAAUCUUCAUAAGGAAACAAGAAAAAGUUUUAGUGAUGUAAUAUAUGAUUUGUAUCAUGUAAAGGAACAAUAUACAGAUAAACAUAGGCCUGUUAUUAGUGAGAAAUAUUAUAAUAUCAUAAAAAAAAAUGCAAAUAGAUUGAAUUCUGCAAUAAUUUAUGAUAGAGACUUUAGUUACAAUUAUUUUGGAUUUAAAACACUCGAGAGAAGUUAUUUAUUAAAAAUACAUGGAAAGGUUGUCGAAAGACCACAACAUAUGUUAAUGAGAGUUGCAGUUGCUAUCCAUGGUGAAGAUAUCGAUAAAGCUAUAGAAACUUAUAAUUUCUUAUCAGAAAGAUAUUUUACACAUGCGUCGCCAACACUUUUUUCUGCAUGUACCACACGACAGCAAAUGUCUAGUUGUUUUCUCUUGACAAUGAGCGAAGAUAGCAUCGAGGGAAUUUAUGAUACAUUAAAAAGAUGUGCACUUAUUAGUAAAUCAGCAGGUGGUAUUGGACUCAAUGUACAUUGUAUUAGAGCAAGAGGUACACCAAUAGCUGGUACACUUGGUGUGUCUAAUGGUUUGGUCCCAAUGAUUAGAGUGUAUAAUAAUACAGCACGAUAUGUUGAUCAAGGUGGAAAUAAAAGACCAGGAGCAUUUGCUAUAUACUUAGAACCAUGGCAUGCAGAUAUUUUUGAAUUUUUGGAUCUGAAAAAAAAUACUGGUAAAGAAGAAUAUAGAGCAAGAGAAUUGUUUUAUGCUUUAUGGAUUCCUGAUCUUUUCAUGAAAAGGGUUCUGGAAAAUGGUGUUUGGACUUUAAUGUGCCCACACGAAUCUCCCGGUCUACAGGAUGUUUGGGGCGACGAAUUUGAAGCUCUCUAUACGCGGUAUGAAAACGAGAAGAGAUACAAACGACAGAUUCAAGCUAGAGACCUAUGGACCGCUAUUAUAAUUGCACAAGUUGAAACAGGAACUCCAUACAUGUUGUACAAAGAUCAUUGUAAUCGCAAAUCAAAUCAUCAAAACAUAGGAACGAUUAAAUGUAGUAAUUUAUGUACAGAAGUUGUACAAUAUUCAAGUCCAGAUGAAGUCGCUGUAUGCAAUUUGGCUUCAAUUGCUGUCAAUAUGUUUGUGAAUGCUACUAGUAGAACUUUCGAUUUUCAAAAACUUCGUAAAGUCACAAAAAUCGUUACUCAUAAUUUGGAUAAAGUCAUCGAUGUUAAUUACUAUCCGAUACCAGAAGCGCAAGUAUCAAACUUUAAACAAAGACCUAUUGGCAUUGGAAUACAAGGACUCGCGGAUACGUUUCUUUUGAUGCGAUACGCAUUUGAAAGCGAAGAGGCACAAAAACUUAACAUUCAAAUAUUUGAAACAUUAUACUAUAGUGCAUUAGAGGCUAGUUGCGAAAUUGCUAUGGAAAAGGGUACAUAUGAAACUUACAAAGGUAGUCCAGUUAGUAAAGGAAUUUUACAGUAUGAUAUGUGGAAUGUCACCCCAACUGAUUUGUGGGAUUGGAAAAUAUUGAAAGAAAAAAUUGCAAAAUAUGGAGUUAGAAAUUCGUUGUUAAUUGCACCCAUGCCAACAGCUUCUACUGCCCAAAUUUUAGGAAAUAAUGAAUCUAUAGAACCAUAUACUAGUAACAUUUAUACAAGACGAGUAUUAUCUGGAGAAUUUCAAGUAGUGAAUCCUCAUUUAUUACGAGAUUUAACUGAAAGAGAUCUAUGGGACGAGGAUAUGAAAAAUGAAAUUAUAGCAAAUAAUGGUUCUAUUCAGGCAAUUGAACGCAUACCAGAAGAUUUGAAAGUGCUUUACAAAACUGUUUGGGAAAUACCACAAAAAACAAUCUUAAAAAUGGCGGCAGAUCGUGGUGCUUUCAUUGAUCAAUCACAAUCAUUAAAUGUUCACAUGGCUAAACCAUCGAUGGAAAAAUUGACAUCGAUGCAUUUCUAUGGAUGGAAAAUGGGUUUAAAGACCGGCAUGUAUUACUUAAGAACGAAACCGGCAGCAAAUGCUCUUCAAUUUACAGUUGAUAAAUCAAAAUUACGAAAUACCAGCAGUGUUGCGACUAAUCAGUCCUUUAAUUCAGAUAAUGAAAGUAACGAGGAAUUUACUAAUGGAAAAAAGAAUGAAUGGUUAAAUAAUAAAAAUAUCGAUGACAUCGAAGUUGUGCUGGCAUGUUCUCGUGAAAAUGGAGAUGCAUGCAUGGCUUGUGGAUCAUAAAUAUAGAUAUUUGUAAGAGUAUACGUUGUACUUAAGUUAAGUUUUUUUAUUUACGAAUAUAAUAAAUGCAAAACGUUUUAUAUGUUUAUAAGUAUA